CACCAACCAACAUAAAGCUUCUACAUCCAGCUGCUUUAUCUGCCAAUUUCUUCAAAGAUGAGCAGGUGGACCGAUCUUCCCAAGGAGCUUUUGGAAACUAUCUCCAAAUGCCUCGAUUUUCGUGUCGAUGUUCUCCGAUUUCGCUCUGUCUGCACUUCCUGGCGAUCCUCCGUUCCAUUUCCUUCCUUUGAUGAAGAUAUUCCUCCUCUCAUCCUUAAACUUCCUAUGCCCAUCGGCGUCGAUGCCGUUCUUUCUCAGGCCACCAUUUGCAGAAUGGAAUUUUCCCGUCAGAGUAAAAAUUCUUCUUCUUCCGAAUCAAAGCCCAAGGCCUGGUUAACUAAAAUUGGAGAGACCAAACUGGGUAAAUUGAAGUUUUUUCAUCCACUCUCAAAUUCCCAAGUCAGGUACUCUCCAAUCAUGUUGAACUUGCUGGACUUCCGGUUUUUCGUGUUAAGUAAAGCUUUCAUGCUUAAAUCCCUAUCUGGAUUCUAUCUUUUUGGGAUAAAUAAAGUUCUUUUAUUUCCAAGUUCUGCUAGAUAUAGUGAACAUGAGCUUUCCAUUCUUGCCAUUUACCACGAAGGAAAAUUGGGUUAUUGGAAAUAUGGAGAUGAGAGUUGGACGCUUUUAGAUGAUAAGAAUUUUCAAUAUGAUGACAUUAUUGAAUAUAAGGGCCAAUUUUAUGUUGUUGAUAGAUGGGGUACAGUUUCUUGGAUUGAUUCGUCCUUGAAACUGAUUCAGUAUUCCCCUCCUUUGUUCGGUUGUGGUAGCCAGAAGAAUUUGGUGGAGUCAUGUGGGGAUCUUUAUGUAGUUGAUAGAUAUCUUGAUGGAGAUAGGAGAACAUGGAAUGAUUAUGAGAAUCUUGAUGUUAGGCGUCUUAGUUUCUCUUUUCGUCGAAGGAGAUACAGGAUGUGUAGUCCUAAAGCUAUUGCUUUCAGAAUUCAUAAGCUUGAUGAAGAGUGGGGUACAUGGGUUGAUGUGAAAUCAUUGGGUGAUAGAGCCUUUGUUUUGGGUGUGGAUUGUUCUUUCUCCAUAUCAUCUACUGAUUUUUUGGGAGGUAAAGGGAACUGUGUUUACUUCACAGACGAUGAUGAUGUUAAGGGAAAAGGAUUAAAAAGUGAUAGCAUUUUCCUGUUCCGAUUAGAGGAUCACAUCAUUGAGAAAGUAACAACAUUACCUGAGUACUCUGACGUAUUCUGGCCACCCAAAAUUUUCUCAGCAUGACCAAAUUUGGCCAGAAGUUUAAUGUGACCUGUUAAAAGAGCUUUUCUGCAGUUAUGAAGACGUAGGCUACUCCAACAUGUAAAUCUAUCAGAAUUUAGUUUCAGGCCCUCAUGAUCAACACCUUCCAUCGCAUUCUCUCUAGUGUAGUCAAUGUUGGUACUUCAAUCUUACAUAAGCAUGUGACUUGGGAUGUUGAUGAACCACAUGAAUUAAGGGAUGUUUAUGUACUAUCAACGUGUUUACAUAAGCAAGUGCACUGUUUAUCUAUUUUGUUAAAUAUAACUCUUAUGGAAAUUGGAUUAGUUGUGAAGGAA